AUGAAGCUCAACAUCGCUUACCCCGCAACCGGGGAGCAGAAAACUAUCGACUUCGAUGAUGAGAGGAAAUACCGUAUCUUCUACGACAAGAAGAUCUCACAGGAGGUUUCUGGAGAUUCGCUCGGUGAUGAGUGGAAGGGCUACGUCUUCCGCAUCACUGGCGGCAAUGACAAGCAGGGUUUCCCCAUGAAGCAGGGUGUCCUCGUCCCUUACCGUGUUCGUCUGCUUCUCGCGGACGGCCACUCAUGCUACCGUCCCCGCCGUACGGGUGAGCGCAAGCGCAAGUCUGUCCGCGGUUGUAUCGUUGGUCCCGAUAUCGCUGUCCUCUCCCUGGUCAUUGUCAAGCAGGGUGAGAACGAUAUUCCCGGCCUGACCGACAAUGUGCUCCCCAAGCGCCUUGGUCCCAAGCGUGCGACCAAGAUCAGGAAAUUCUUCAACCUGUCGAAGGAGGAUGAUGUCAGGAAGUACGUCGUGAGGAGAGAAGUGAAGAGCGCCAAGAAGGAGGACGCGAAGCCUUACACCAAAGCUCCCAAAAUUCAACGGCUGGUCACUCCCCUCCGUCUGCAACGUCGCCGCCACCUCCGCUCCCUCAAGCGCCGCCGGAUCGAACGCCAGAAGGAGCAGAAGACGGAGUACGAUGCUCUCCUCCAAAAGCGCGUGGCCGAGAAGAAGGAGAAGGUUGCGGCCGUCAAGGCAUCACACAAGAAGACUACCGCUUAA